UAUGAAGCAUAGCGGCUUCGUUGACAACGAGAGGAGAACACGACAUGAUUGCCGAGUAGCCGGCACGUUGAGUGCGUCUUGUAUCUCUAUAAAGAUGCCCGUGAACCAGCGCCAAGAGCAUUGAGAUUUGGACCAGCAUCGCCAGCAGCAACUUCAAGAGCCCCAAAGCCAACUCAAUAUCUGUUCUCGGUUCCCCGUCGUCGCAACCUCCAUUGAGAUACGAUGAAGUUCAGCGCAUUCAUCCUCGCCGCCGCCGGCAUUGUCGCCGCCGCCCCUGGCACCAAGCUGGUUCAACGCAACUACUCGCCCCUCGUCCCUCGCUCUGCCCGCGCCAGGUACAGCUCCGCCCCGAACCAGAGGCUCUCCGUCGAUUCUCUCGACUUACUCAAGUCCACCGGCGAGAAGAACGUCGACUACUCGGGCAACUGGGCCGGCGCCGUCAAGAUCGGGACGGGCUACAACCACGUCACCGGCACCAUCACCGUGCCCGAGGUGAGCGGCGCCCGCGGGGCCGCCGCCUCCGCCUGGGUCGGCAUCGACGGCGACACCUGCCAGACCGCCAUCCUCCAGACCGGCAUCUCCUUCUACGCCGACGGCACUUUCGACGCCUGGUACGAGUGGAUCCCGGACUACGCCUACAACUUCAACAACUUCGGCGUCAGCGUCGGCGACAAGAUCCGGAUGACGGUCGACGCGUCCUCCAAGACCAAGGGCGUCGCGACCCUCGAGAACCUGACCACCGGGCAGAAGGUCACGCACUCCUUCACCAGCACGCCCUCGUCCCUCUGCGAGACCAACGCCGAGUGGAUCGUCGAGGCGUUCCAGGAGAACGGCAGUCAGGUCACCCUCGCUGACUUUGGCACCGUCACCUUCACGGGCGCUGCCGCCUCUGGCUCCGGCGGCUCGGUCACCGCCGCCGGCGCGGACAUCAUCGACAUCUCGCCCAACAACGGCCGCACGGUCCUUGCUGCGGGCUCCGUCAGUGGCAGCACUGUCACUGUCAAGUAUGUUGGCUAGGUUGCCGCCGCUCGGAGAUUGCGAUGUUACACAUCGAUGAAGACUCGUUGGGCCAGAUGCAGGAGGCUUUUGGGGCUCCCGGAUGCGAUGGCUGGACAAUCUGCUGGACGUGGCUCCGUACAUAGCUGGAGUGUCUCUAACAUGCAGACAGAUUCUUAGGCAAACAUACCAAACGGACCGAAUUUAGUAGAAAGAGAUUCAGUCGUUAUUAGAUAAUUCGUUUGACG